GCUGCGCAGGUUUGGCUACCUGCCCCCCUCAGACCCUGCUGCGGGGCCACUGCGGACACAGGAGCUUUCGCCGGCCAUCAUCGCCAUGCAGCGCUUCGGAGGCCUGGAGGCCACCGGCAUCCUGGACGAGAGCACCCUGGCGCUGAUGAGAACCCCACGCUGUUCCCUCCCUGACCUCCCGGCAGCGGCCCCUGUUCGAAGGCGGCGCCAGGCUUCAGCUCCCACCAAGUGGAACAAGAGGAACUUGUCGUGGAGGGUCCGCUCCUUCCCCCGGGGCUCGCCCCUGGGCCGUGACACAGUGCGGGCUCUCAUGUACUACGGGCUCAAGGUCUGGAGCGACGUUGCCCCACUGGAUUUCCACGAGGUGGCCAGCAGCACUGCUGACAUCCAGGUGGCCUUCUCCAGGGGUGCACACAACGACCGCUACCCCUUCGAUGGCCCAGGUGGUGCCCUGGCACAUGCCUUUUUGCCCGGGGACCUCCUGUCCCCGGGGGAUGCCCACUUCGAUGAUGAUGAGGCCUGGACUUUCCGCUCCGCAGACGCUGGUGGCCUGGACCUGUUCACAGUGGCUGUGCAUGCCUUUGGCCAUGCCCUGGGGCUGAGCCACGUGGCAUCGCCUGGCUCCAUCAUGCAGCCCUACUACCGGGGUCCGGCAGGCGACCCGCUGCGCUACGGGCUCCCCUACGAGGACAGGGUGCGCAUCUGGCAGCUGUAUGGUGUGCGAGAGUCGGUGUCACUCACAGCGCAGCCAGACACCCCAGAGCCCAAGGAGCCUCCCCUCCUGCCUGAGUCCCCCAACAAUCGGUCCAGCACACUGCCCAGGGAGGAUGCACCCCACAGGUGCGACACACACUUUGACGCCGUGGCCCAGAUCCGUGGUGAGGCCUUCUUCUUUAAAGGCAUGUACUUCUGGCGUCUGACCCGGGACCGGCACCUGGUGUCGCUUCAGCCGGCACAGGUGCACCGCUUCUGGCGGGGUCUGCCACUGCAGCUGGACAGCGUGGACGCUGUGUAUGAGCGCGCAGGUGACCACAAGAUCGUGUUCUUCAAAGGAGACAGAUACUGGGUUUUUAAGGACAACCACGUGGAGGAAGGGCACCCGAGGCCCAUCUCUGACUUCGGCCUCCCACCUGGCGGCAUCGACGCUGCCUUCUCCUGGGUCCACAGUGACAAGACUUAUUUCUUUAAGGACCAACUGUACUGGCGUUAUGACGAGCGCACGCGGCACAUGGACCCCGGCCACCCGGCCCGCAGCCCCCCGUGGAGGGGCAUCCCUAGCACCCUGGACGACGCCAUGCGCUGGUCCGAUGGUGCCUCCUAUUUCUUCCGAGGAAAGGAGUACUGGAAGCUGCUGGACGGGGAGCUGGAGGUGGCGCCCGGGUACCCGCAGCCUGCCGCUCGGGACUGGCUGGUGUGCACAGACCACCAGACCACCCCCAAGGACUCGGCCGUGCCCGGAGAGGCCGGGGCCCAGUCGCAGCCAGGCCAGCCAGGGCGGAGCCGUUCUGAGGACGCCUACGAGGUCUGCUCCUGCACCUCCCAGGGCCCCCCAGCCCCUCCGCUGGAUGUUGUGUUAUUGCUGCUGCUGCCAGGCCUGCUAUGGAUAGCGGCCUGGGUUCUGGGGCCCUGACGCUGGGGGGUGGCUGCUCAGGACAUCCUGGGUCACAGCAGGAAAGGACAAGACGCAGGGAGAGAGCGCCCCCUGCAAAGUGCGUGGGCGCCCGCAGAUGUUCUCUCUCCUGGUUGUGUCUGUGAGUUGGGGAGACUGUUGGGCAAGGUGGGGUCUGAGCACUCAGGAUGGGACUGAUGAGCCGAAAACACCCACCAGCCUCCCCAGCUGGAAGGACAGCCUGGGCGCAGACACCACCUCUUCCCGCUGUGUGCACUGCCCCCAUGGGGCCCUUGUGCCUCAACUGGCUCCCAUCCCCGGGGUCUGCAGGGGCCUUGCCUGGGCUUCCCCACUCUCAGGCCAGCCCCAAGGGGCUUCAUCCCUCCCCCUUUCAUCUCAGAUGGACCCAGCCUCAUCCUCUCCUUGCUCUAAAUGCUCAGGCGCCAGCCCCUGACUCCUGGGUGGGUCUGCCCCACGCCCCUCUGUUCAUCAGCACUCCAUGUCUCCAGGUCACUAACCUAUUUCACUGAGGCCAGCGUGGGAGACAGGUUGGACAGGUCGGGCCUCCUGUCCAGGCCUGGCACACCCGCCAACACUGAGUCGGGGGUGCCUCCCUGACAUGAGGCUGCUGUUCAUGCUACUAGACCUGCAGUGAGGCAGCCUCCAUCCUGGGCUGAGUCACAGCUGCACCCCAAAGAGCUGCCCACCAGGUGGUACAGAGAGGCAGCUUCACCCUUUGCCCCUGCCUUCCUUCAGCCCUCUCUGCUUGUCCACCUCCCUGGCCAGCAUCUCCCUGAGGUGUGUGGACUUGGGGCCCCUCCCAGGUCAUGUGGGCUGAUCCCAGGGUAGUAGACCAUAGCUGGGGUCGAGGCCCUUAAGGUGCUGAGCACGGAACCUGGUGGGCUGGGUGGGGCAGGGCCACCAUAUGUGUUAGCCUCUCCAAUCCCACCCAGUGACCGGUGCAGGCUCGGGUGCGGGAACAUGAGGGAGACAAGCAGUGGCUGUGGGCAGAACAGAAGGAAGGGGCAGGCCGGAGAGUAAUGACCAGUGCAAAGUCUUGAGGUCUGUGGGUUUGCUCGAGGAACCUGCUGGGCAGAUGGCCUGGCACACCCCCACCAGGUAGUGGAGGCAGGUCUUGUGCUCGUGGGCCUGGCGACCCCUCCCCACGUCCACCUGCCAUCUUGUCCCAGAGCCAGCAGGGAACCUGUCGCUGCAAACAGGACAGACUGGCCUUGCCCUGGCACAGUCCACUCUGCCCAGCCCAGCCCCUGGAGCAGGAAAGCCCCCUAGCCCUGUUGUGCUUGGGGGGCAGAGGGGCUUGGAGAGUGUUCACGCCUGGCUGCAGCCAUCAUCUGCCAGGCCAGGCUCUGCCCUGUGGGCCUCACGCCCUGGUCAAGCCAAUCUCGCUCAAAACAUUCCACCCGUCUAGGGCUUGAGCACUGGACAGCCGCAUGGCCGGGCUCCUCCAUCCCCAUUCAGGUCUCCAAGGUGUUGGAGUGGAUCCUGAGGGAUGCAGCUGGCCCCUGCUUCUGGCUAAAUCACCCGAGGAACAGCCCUCCAUGCUUGUGCCCCCGCCCUGUCCUCUGCCUCCUGCCCAGCGUCCCUGUCGUGCUGCUCAACCCACCCAUUCUCCCCACCUGCCUUGGCCUUCACCAGCCCCAGGCAGUGUCCUCACCACCAGACUCCUCUCUCUGGGGAGGGCAGGGCCAGGUGGCUCCAUUGAAACAGCUGGAAAUUCAUGCGAAAUUCUGGACUUACUGUCAGUGUCUCUAUUUCCACUCUGGGCCAUGCUGUGGGGAGAGGCUGUGUCCUCUAGGGACCUUGGUCAUGGGACACCCAUGCGCACCCCAGAGGAAGCAGCUGCGCUGGGCAAGCCCUGCACCUUGGUGGGCCUGGCUGCGUGCUGACCUCCACAUGACCAGGGUAUGACCAGGCGUGAGUGUGGGUGCCUGGAGUCCAGGCCCAAGGGCUGCCUGGGACUAGACGCCUCUCUUUGGGCUCCCACCUAACUGAUGGAGAAACUGAGUUAUGACUGCCCCUGGUUGGCCAAGACCAGCCACCACAGACCCGAGUCUCAGGGGUUGGAGGCCACUCCCUGGGUGAGUGCAGGGUGCCCCUGCCUACCAGGGCAGCUCUGGACACUUCCUUUCUGCGGAUCCAGUGGGCCUCACCCUCCCGAAGGGGCCUUAAUCUUCCCCACCAUGGUGCUGCUUGGAUGGGCUGGACCCCCUGACCCCUGGCCAUACCCCUGCCCCUUUCGGGAGGUUGCCAGUGGGGAAUGCAUCCCCCCAGGAUUCACCAAGAGGAUACUCUCUAGUGCCGUCCUGAGCUCUUAACCAAAUGCUUUUGGUUCCGGAUACAGUUGGGAGGAGAGGGUGGGCAGUGCUUCCAAUUCCUGGUGAGGGUCCGGCUGGGGAGUCACCUUGUGUCCCAGGGUGGUGCAGCCGGGGCCUCCAUGCUGGGUGCUCACAGGGCGCAGCCCCCUCCAGGGCGCUGGGAACCCAGCACACAGCCCCAGCCAACAGCAGCUGUACAGAUUUCAGCUACAAAUCGGGGCCCUCUUUCUGUGACCACAGUCUCAGGGCUGCUGGGUUUGGGGGUGCGGGUGGGGCAGUCCAUCUCAGGGAGUAGCCAGAUGUUCAGCUCUCAUUCUAAGACUAGGGAGCAAAGUCCCACUGGGGCUGGGGAGCAGCCAGCCCCAGUACAGACCAGCUCCUCGGGGCCAGGGCCCAGUGGCCCCCUCAGCUGCUCCUGUGGGGGGCUCCAUAUCGCCUCCUCACCACCUGUCUGCCCCUCAGAGGCUAUUGGCUCUGCCUUCCUGACCACCCAGAACUUGCCCCUGUCAAGCCUGGGCCUGAAUAUCUGGUGGCCCCUAGAUUGGCCCAUGGGAUGCUGUGAAAAGCUCCAUCAGACCAGGGCCCUCUGGACUCAAAUCCCCCGUGCCCUGGCCCAGUUCCCAUGGCCUUGCUGUGCUAACCGAGUCCUUUCCACUGAGCUCCAACCCUCCUGGCCUAUCGCCCUCUCUGCACACCCAGCCGGACCUUUGCACAGACAGGUGGGUCUCCUUGGAGCAAUGCCUCUGCCCCUGCCCAAAGUGGCAAACAGCACCCCCUGACACUCCAGCCCUGGCCCCCUUCCCACUGGGCCAUGUCCACCUAACAGAUGACCACACUGCCUUGAACCCACCUGGCUCCAGUGUCUGCUGAGCAAAUAAACCAAUGACAGCAAUGCCUGGGUGGCUGUGCCGGGGGGUGCUCCUGCGGCCUUAGCAGUCCUCGACAGUGCCGACCUGGAAGUCAGCUUCACAAGAUGACCUGCUAAUUUGUCAUCCAGGCCAGGACACAGAUGUGAGGGCCCAGGCGUUCUCCCCAGGAAUGGACAUGGUAUCUGAGGAGACCCCGACCUCCCACUGGUGGACUCCAGUGUGGGGCGUGAACCUCCCCCACCUGGUGAGCAUGAGGCAGUGGCUGGGUCUCAGUCGGUCAGCAAGGUCAGCUCCCCAGCAGGGGCCUCAGGGCACCCAUGGGAAGCCACAUGCUGACCUGGGCUUCGGUGUGGGCCCAGCACAGCCCCUCCUGUAAGGCACAGGGAGUUGCACCUGCAUUGGUGCCAGGACUUUGCACCACGAGCACAAACCCUGUGUGAGAGGGAAUCCAGAGAUGAUAGGUGGGGUCUGCAGUGGCCAGCACUGGGCACGUCUGAGGGCCCCACCCUGAGUGGUCCUCCCAGGUGGCAGCUGCGGCCCCUUACGCAAUCCCCAGCUUGGGGCCCCAGCCUGCUCCGUAUCUCCUGGACUCUGCCCUUCAGGAAUCACCCCCACUCCAGCCUCCAGCUGCCCCCUUUCCUGGCUUGAUCCUUUUCUUUUUUGCUCAGAUUGGUGGCUUGAGCCACAGAUUUUUAUUAUGGGUUGUGUCU